ACCGUAUCUUCCGCGGUGUUUUUAAGUGUGUUGCCAAAGUAAUGAUUGAUUCGUUUUUCGAUGAUUCCUCAAUAAAAAACGAACUUAACAAUGACUUUUCUACCAACUGUUACUCCACUGUUGAUCUCCAGUCUGAUUUCUCACUUGAUAAUGUGGAAAUAUAUCCAGAAAUACCUAAUAAUGAUUCUUAUGGUGCUCUAUUUCUGAUGGACUCUGCGGACCUUUUAGAUGUACGUGAAGAAGUUAUUGGUGAAGAACAUUUCGCGUCAAAUGUUGAUCAAUCACCAUACAUGGAAGGACUUUCAAGGAGGUUUGGACUAUUCUCUGCCAAGAGUUCACGAAUCAGUACCAGUCAUAAAGAUAAAGACUUAGAUUUCUAUUAUCAUAUCGACAUGGUACUUCGGUUUUCAUAGAGAACGUUAGUAAAAGACUGCUGCCCAGAGUCAACAUGGAAUAUGUAGGAUUUAAUUCCCCUACAGAUGAAUUUUCUGAUAAGUUCCUAGACUUUCAUAGUCUUGGCACGACCAAAGUCGAAACAAGUAAUAAGGAACACGAUGUUUUCCAUGAUAAAAAUUCUUUUUCCGAUGAACAGAAGCAUAGUAAAUGUUCGUGGAAUGAUGGAUCUGAAGAGAUAACUGAUAAAGCCUAUUUAUGUAGCCCCGAUAGUCCAUUAUCGAUCCCUAAUGACAUCGGAGUAACUUCAUCAGAUAGUAUAGAUGAAGUGUUUGACAAAGAUCAUGUAACCAGUCACGAUAUCAUUGAUGGUGACGAUGUUUCUUUGGAGAGGCUUUCCGAUCUUCAUAUUCCAUUACCAUUAUUUCACACUGAAUCUAAUUAUUCAGAUUCUUCACAGAUAAAUCCUUCCGAUUCAGAAGUGGAUGCAUGCAGUUUGUUUUCGUCAAAUAACUGUGCUACAAAUCAAUCUGAUGAUUAUGUCCAAAUAAAACAUCUUAGAUCGACUGACUCAUCUAAUUUAAACUCAAAUGAAUCUGCGACUAAAAUCCCUACCUCGGUACCUGUAUCGUCAUUAUCUUCUGCAAAAUCAACUGAAAUAAUACGACUACCAUCUCAUGUUAACCAUCUAACCACAACAGUUAACCCGAACUAUCCAUCUAGGCCAAUAUCAGCUUGUCUUUCUUUAAAGUCGAAAUAUCGCCGUUGUGGACAAAUAACACUGAAAUCAGGUGCAUCCAUCCUUCGUACGAAAAGUUCAUUUAAUGAAUUAAAGCCAUGCUUUAAACCAGCAUUCACUUCUACACGUUUUGCUCAUUGCGGGUUUCUAGCUGCUUCUCGUUUUUCCGGAUCAAUAAAAGAAUCAGCAGGUAGUCCAACUUGGUUUCCGAAAGUUGCAUUCGUUAACUCUAAUACACCACUCACUCUUAGAAAACCAGCUAUUGUGAUUGCCUCAUCAUAUCCCAAUUCUAGAUCAGAUGCCACAUAUCUGAAAAGUGAAGGAAUAAAUUUUAUGACACAUUCUUCCGUUAUGCAAUCAACAGAUUUGCAAUCUUCUCUUUUAUACAGUCAAAAUGGAUUUUAUAUUUCUACAAUGCAUCAUAAUUCAUUAGGAGGCAAUAAUCCCGGUGAUUUAGCAUCAGUUGUAACCGCUACAAUCCCAUCUGAUUUCACAUCAAAUCGUACUGUAUUCUGCCCUCAUCUUGGUUGUGGGAAAACAUUUCGAGAUACAGCUGCAAUGCGUAAACAUUUGCAUACCCAUGGUCCACGCGUUCAUAUCUGUGCAGAAUGUGGUAAAGCGUUUGUUGAAUCAAGCAAAUUGAAACGUCAUCAACUUGUUCAUACUGGGGAAAAGCCUUAUCAAUGCGCAUUUGAUGGUUGUGGUAAACGUUUUUCUUUGGAUUUCAAUCUACGUACUCAUUUACGUAUUCAUACUGGGGAUCGACCGUAUCCGUGUCCACAACCUGGUUGUAGUAAACGUUUUGCUCAGUCGACAAAUUUAAAAUCACAUUUAGCAACACAUAGUAAAAUUCGAGCUACUCAUCAAUCAAGUUUUAUGAAUAGACAUCAUUUAAAUUCUACUGUGAAUGGUAGUGGUGGUGGUGGUUCAGUUCUGCUACGCCCUGCUGCUGCUCAUCCUAAUCAUACACAUGAUCAACCUAUUCCAAUUUCAUUAAGUAGUUCUAUUUUACAAUCCCCAAUGAAUUUUUCCACUAUAAUUCCCAUAGGAUCUAAAGAUAUAAACGUUCGUAAUCGAUGUGUCAAUAGAUUCAAGUCAAAUUUAAGUUCUUUAUUUCAAGAGGUUCAUUUAGAUAACUCUCGAUUACAUCCAGAUCAGUGCGAACCAACAGAUAUCAGCCCACUAUCUCCAUUGGAUCUGACUUCUUCCUCGACAGAAUCCAACAGUUCUACAUUGUCAUCUCAAAGUGCCACAACUCACAUAAAGCAUAACAUUUCAUCUUCUAGAUCGGUUAUUUCAAAAGCACAACAACUAUCCACCAAUACAAUCGAAAGUCAAUUAACUGAUUUCACCAAUUCCACUACUACCAAUGAUGCUGUGCGAUUGUUUGAAAAUCAUUCUUUAGAAUGUUCUAUAAAUUUAGACCAUGAAAAAAUUGAUCUCAAUGUUGGGGUUACACAACCUAUGAUUAAUAAAACUGAUGAAGAUUUUUCUAAUAAUUCACAUGUGAAUAUUGAUGACAUUUAUUACCAGUCAUCUUUUAUCAAAUCUGAAUCCGAUAUUACUGUUAAUAAUUCAAUCCCACCAAUACAAAAUUGUAAAACAACAAGACGCUCAAGAAAAUGUUUAAGUAUAACUAAACGAUCUGAAUCGCCUAAUUUUGAAGAUUUUCUAAAAACUCAAGAUGAUAUAAGUUUUACUGACGAGGAUGCUUUAAAAAAACAUCAUUUUUACCUUGAUAGUGGUAAUGAUCAUUUGUCGUCUAACAAUAAAACACCAUCAUUGAAAUCAUCAUAUCGGCGUCGUCGUCGACGACAUUGUAAAUCAAAAUCAGAUAGUAAUAAAUAUAUAUGUAAAACAUCAUCAUCAUCACAUUCUAAUAGUAAUGUGCUCAUUACAUCAUCACAUUAUGGUACCCGUUCGAAAUCUCGUGAAUCCUUUGAUAAAAUAUUACCUAAUCAUCAACGCGGUCGUCGUCGUUGUACAUUAAAAACAUGUGCCAAACGCCGUUUUCGUCCGUAAAAUAUAGAUUUGUUUUGAUGGAUGGAUUCUACCUCUUUCCUGUUCUCUCAUCAUCACAAAAACAAACACACAGGCCCCAAUAUAUAUAUAUACAUUUAUGAUGUUAAUCUUUCUAUGAUCUGUAUCUCUAUGUUCAUCAUUGUUCAUAUUUAGUCAUUUUAUCACCACUACCUUUAUCAUGACGCAUACAUUUCUGAAAAUAUUAGUAGUUCCAUGUUACAUCGCUCAAAUUAUUAUCAAAACUAUUGAUUUAUUCUACUCAUACACAUAUAUGUUUUGAGGAAUGUUUCUUUCGGGUCUUUUUGUUUCUCCUUCUAGAAUAUCUUUUAUUUAAAAUUAUUCCCAUGACAUUUCCAUAAAUAUACACGCAAAUUGAAAUUUGUAAUAUCAACGUAUGUAAACAGUUCAUUGAUUUUUUUUGUUCCUAUAAAAUUACCAUUCCUGUUAAUUUUACCUUCAUGCCGGUAUGUGUAUGAGUUUUUCUCUUAAUUAUCAUUUUGUAAACCAUUACACUCUACUGGGAUCUCUAAAGGCGGCAAACAGAUUCACUAUAUAUAUAAGUGAAUUCAUUAUAUGUGUAUUAAAUUAUCAAUAACUUAUGUAUGUUGUUUGCAUUUAUUCAAUUACAUAAUGUGCAAUAUUCACUUUAUCAAUGCAUUUCAUUCUGAUUAACUAUUACUAUAAUUAACAGACUAUACAAUGUGCAAUAUAAAAAGCAACAUGACAAAAGCAUAGAACAGCUGACUUUUUUUUUCAAAAAAAAUUGUUUUAUCCCCCACCCCACCCCCCUUUAUUCCUUUCAAUAUUCAUGUGCAAUCAUAUUUAAUAUUCAUUUAUUGAUUGUUUCUUUUUUUGCUUAAAAAUUGUUUUCCUUGUUUUUUUCUUGUUUUUUUCGUUUUAUGUUUUAUUAAUGAAAUCAACCAACAACAAAAAAACAAGAAAAAUUGUAAUCAAAUAUCGUGUAUACUUCCUAGUCGAUCUUUCACUAAUAUGCAUAUAUAUAUAUAUACUUUUAUGGAUGUCAUAAAGGAUUUUAUUGUGGAUAUUAUUGUAAUUUCAAUAGUUAAGAUCAUAAGUUAAUUGAAGGUAGACCACUAUGGAAAACUUGCUGUCUAGUGCUUCCAGGUUUUCCAUAAUGAUCUAACUUUAAUUGACUCAUGAUCUCAACUAUUGAAAUUUUAUGAAUAUAUUCAAUCAAGUUCAUGAUUUCUUCUUGUUUUAUUCUAUUCUUUGUUGUUGUUUUUAAAAAACCUAUACUCUAGUCAUAUCUCUAUAACUUAUCCACAUAUAUAAUUUCAAUAGAAAAUGGUAUAACUAGUGAAAUAUUUUCUUUUCUUUUGCUGACAGCGGACACAUCUAUAUUUAUAUUAAGAAGAAAAAUGUUGUUAUUCUGAUUCUUAGAAUAAUCAGUUGUAAUUUAUUCUCCUUAAUCAAUAUUAGAAGUUACUGUAGUUCGAGAUGUUUGUUAUUGGUGUUAGAGAUAAUAAUAGUAUUCUUGCACCAGUACUAUGUGUGUGUGUGUGUAUCUAUGGUGAAUUUCUUCUAAUCUUUCCUUAUUUCCCCUUAUUCACCUGUGUUUCUAUGUCUGUCUAUUUAUGUAUACGUACACUCUUAACAUGACAUUCAUAUGUCUAUUAUAUGUCUAUCCUACGUACUCGUCCAUUAUAACUAUUAUAUCUGCAUUUAUUUAUUUCCUUUUUUUUAAAAAAAAAUGUUUAUUUACUGUUACGAUCUAUCGUUGUUUUGUUUGUUUGUUUGUUUGUUUUUUUCAAUGUUUCUCAUCUCAAAGAUAUUUUCUUCACAUUGUUAUCGAUCUGUUGUCCAAGUAUUAAAAAAAUCACGAUAUUUUCCGAUUUUUUUUUGUUUGCCUCUAAAAAAUUUUUCUUUUUUCCUGUGGGUUAUAGCCUGGUUCUUACUGUUUUGUUUGUUUUUCUUGUUUGGUCUGGAUGUUGUUGUUGUUGUAAUCAUGAAUUUAGAAAGUAUGGAAUUGUAUGUGUGUAAUUCAAAGGGACUCGAUCGAUUUAUCUUUCUGUUGUUUUUAAUGGAGUUUUUUUUUUCUUCUCUGUAUCCAUACAUUGAUAUGUGUACUUGUAUUUGUUUAUUGUACUCAAAUAUUAUUACUGUUAUUACUUAAAUGAUAAUAUUCAAUUAUAUUCAGGUUUUGUUCACUUUUCUUUUUCUUUUCAAUUAUUAUUUACUUAUCUAGUUAUCUGUAUUCAUUGAAUAAUAUAUGAACUUUAUAUUUAUUUAUGUAUUUCUAACAGGAAGGUUGACUACUG